AGUGCUUCUCAGAGAUUGCCCCCUUAUCAUGGAAGGGGCUUAUACCCCGUAUGUUAGCCGUACGUAUUGUGAGAAUUUCGGUCGGAGUCUGUAUCUGUGUCUAGGAAUUUCAUGCACAAAAUUGCAAAUGCGUAACGAGCUCCUAGGCCUGCCUCAGGCCGUGUCCUGGCGGGAAAUCCGAGAAUGGAUGCCAUUUUCCCUGCCAGUUCCAAUUGCGGACUACAUUUCCCAGAAGCGUCCGCGAAUUCUAGGCAUCCCCUUCUUUUGCCUGCGGGACCCUCGUUGUCCGGGGACCGGAAAGUGUACGCCGAGAGGCCUAGGCCCUUGUUAAGGCUCCAAAGCUCUGCUCCUCCAGAGGUACCCAGUGGAGAAAAGAGGAAUGGCUGUGGACCAUGCCAAAAAUAAGAAACCAGUGGUGUUCAGUGACGUGUCUCUGGACUUCUCUCAGGAGGAGUGGGAGUGUCUGGGCCCUGCCCAGAGAGACUUGUACAAAGAUGUGAUGCUGGAGAACUAUAGCAACCUGCUCUCAGUGGCAGGACUUCACAUUCCCAAGCCUCAGGUGAUCUCUUUAUUGGAGCAAGGCAAAGAGCCCUGGAUGAUUGGGAAAGAGCUUACAAGAGGCUUGUGCUCAGCUCUGGAGUCAAUGUGUGAAAGCAAGUUACUAUCUCUAAAGAAGGAAGUUUAUGAGAUAGAAUCCUGCCAGCGGGAGUUAAUGAGGCUUUCAAAGCAGGGCCUCGAGUGCUCCAGUUUUAGAGAUGUUCUGGAGUGUGGAGGCCAAUUUCAAAAUGGACAUAGAAGCCAAGAAUUACUCACUCGUGAAUACAUGCCCACAUUUGUUCAGCAGACUUUCUUUACCCUACAUCAAAUUAUUAAUAAUGAUGAGAAACCCUAUGAAUGUAAGAAAUGUAGAAAGGUCUUUACCCAGAACUCACAAUUUAUUCAACAUCAAAGAAUUCAUAUUGGUGAAAAGUCUUAUGAAUGUAAAGAGUGUGGGAAGUUCUUCAGUUGUGGGUCACAUGUUACUCGACAUCUGAAAAUUCACACUGGUGAAAAACCCUUUGAAUGCAAAGACUGUGGGAAGGCCUUUAGUUAUAGCUCAUACCUUUCUCAGCACCAGAGAAUCCACACUGGUAAGAAACCUUAUGAAUGUAAGGAAUGCGGGAAAACCUUUAGCUACUGCUCAAAUCUCAUCGACCAUCAGCGAAUUCACACUGGUGAGAAGCCUUAUGCAUGCAAAGUGUGUGGGAAAGCUUUUACAAAGAGCUCACAACUUUUUCAACACGUGAGAGUUCAUACAGGCGAGAAGCCCUAUGAAUGUAAGGAAUGUGGCAAAGCCUUUACUCAGAGCUCAAAGCUUGUUCGGCAUCAGAGAAUCCACACUGGGGAGAAACCCUAUGACUGCAAGGAAUGUGGGAAAGCCUUUAGUAGUGGCUCAGCCCUUACAAAUCAUCAGAGAAUCCACACUGGGGAGAAACCCUAUGAGUGCAAGGAGUGUGGGAAAGCCUUCACUCAGAGCUCACAGCUUCGGCAACAUCAAAGAAUUCAUGCUGGCAAGAAACCUUUUGAGUGCCUUGAAUGCGGGAAGGCCUUCACUCAAAACUCCCAGCUUUUUCAACAUCAGAGAGUCCAUUCAGAUGAAAAACCUUAUGAAUGUAAGAAAUGUGGAAAGGCCUUUAAUAAGUGCUCAAACCUUACCCGACAUCUGAGAACUCAUCGUGAUGACAAGCCCCAUAGCUGUAAUGAAUGUGGGAAGAUAGGCUUUGUUUGGAGUUCAUCCCUUACUCUCCAUCAGAGAAUCCAUACUGGAGAGAAACCUUAUGUGUGCAUAGAAUGUGGGAAAGCCUUCAGCCAGAGAUCCAACCUUGUCCAGCAUCACAGGAUUCACACAGGAGAGAAACCCUAUGAGUGUAAGGAAUGUGGGAAGGCCUUCAGCCAGAACACACACCUGGUUCAGCACCUUCGAGUUCAUACUGGAGAAAAGCCUUAUGGGUGUAAAGUGUGCAGGAAGACCUUCAGCCAGUUUGCUUACCUCACUCAGCAUCAGAGAGUUCACACUGGAGAGAAGCCCUAUGAAUGUAUCGAAUGCGGGAAAGCUUUUAGCAAUAGGUCACCCAUUGCUCAACACCAGAGAGUUCACACCGGAGAGAAACCUUUUGAGUGCAGGGUCUGUGGGAAAGCAUUUAGCCUUCGUGCAUACCUUACUGUGCAUCAGAGAGUUCACACGGGGGAGAGACCCUAUAAAUGUAAGGAAUGUGGGAAGGCCUUCAGCCAAAAUUCUCACCUUGCUCAACAUCAGAGAAUUCAUACCGGAGAAAAACCGUAUAAGUGCCAAGAAUGUAGGAAGGCCUUCAGCCAGAUUGCCUACCUUGCUCAACACCAGAGAGUCCACAUUGGGGAGAAACCCUAUGAAUGUGUUAAGUGUGGGAAGGCCUUUAGCAAUGAUUCAUCCCUUACUCAACACCAGAGAGUUCACACCGGGGAGAAACCCUAUGAAUGUAAUGUUUGUGGGAAGGCUUUCAGUUACUGUGGAUCCCUUGCCCAACAUCAGAGAAUUCACACAGGAGAGAGACCCUAUGAAUGUAAAGAAUGCAAGAAAACCUUCAGGCAACACGCACAUCUCGUUCAUCACCAGAGAAUUCACGAUGGGAAGUCACUCUUACCACCCAAUCCAGGCAAUCAUCAACGUUCCAGCGAGAGGCUGGAUAAGCCACUAGCCUUUCUGGGAAAUGUAGUUCACAAAAGGACAGCCCCUAGCGCCCCCCAGCGCCUCCUCUGGUUGUUCCCGAAAAGACGGUCGCCGCGGCUGCUCACGUCCAGCGCGGCUUCGCCGCCGGCGUCCCCGCCUCGCGGCGCUGAGGGGCUCAGCCACCCAGGCGCCUUCGGCCAUGACUUCUGUCCCCAGCACAGGAAACGCCAGCCGGGCUCUGACCGGAAGUUGGGUCGGGCCGCGGGUCCUUCUGGGAGCACCUGUGCUCCGGGACAUAACGGGCGCGCGCCGCUGCCCGCGCCUGUGGACCUGGCCGGGGAUCGCGUGCUUGGAGUGUCUCGGAGGUUGCGUUUUGGGGGGUUUGGCUGGUGGCGCUGCCGGGACCCCUCGCGGGACAGGCACGAGUGGUCCGGUUUGCGCCGGCCGUGGGCUUCGGACUGGGCGCGGGCUCUCGGGGGGCUCGGAGUACCCGGAGUGCCAGCUUUGCGGGGUGCUCUCGGCCAGAAGUUUGCGGUACUCGUGACGAUGACUGUCUCAACCUUGAAAUACCAGCAACAGCUGUGGGGCAUGGAGCGCUUGUCCCAGAUGGCGGGCAGAAGAGCUUGGUGUUCAGAGGACUCCACAGCUCACCAGGAGGGAGAGGACAUGAGCAGGCCUUCGGAAAAAGUGACAUUCAAGGAUGUGGCUGUGGACCUCACACAGGAGGAAUGGCAGCAAAUGAAGCCUGCUCAGAGGGAUUUGUACCGAGAUGUGAUGCUGGAGACCUACAGCAACCUAGUAACUGUAGGUUGUCAAGUCACCAAACCAGAUGUGAUCUUCAAGUUGGAACAAGAAGAGGAGCCAUGGGUACUGGAGGAAGAGAUGUUUUGGAGACGAUCUCCAGAAGUUUGGGAAGUUGAUGAACAGAUGGAGAAACACCAGGAAGCCCUGGUGAGGAAAGGCACACCUACCUCCAGGAGAAAUGUCACUGACCAUACACGGGUUGCAAAGAUCUUUCCUCUAAGCUCAGAUAUUGUUACUUCAAGACAAAGCUUCUAUGAUUGUGAUUCACUUAAUAAGAGUUUGGAACAAAAUUUAGACAUACUUAGUUAUAAGAGAGUCUGUGUAAGAGACAAGAAUUUUGAAUGUGAUGAGUGUGGAGCGCCAUUUGACCAUUGUUCAACCUGUGCCGAAGCGCACUUUGUAUGUAAUCAGUGUGGACAAGACUUUGUUCAUAAAUGUGACCUCCUCAGACAUGAGAAAAGUCAUGCUGUAGAAAAACCUUAUGGCUGCAAAGAGUGUGGUAAGUCCUUUAGCAGGAAGGAAAAUCUCAUUACACAUCAGAAAAUCCAUACUGGGGAAAAGCCAUAUGUGUGUGCCGAAUGUGGGAAAGCUUUUGUUCAAAUGUCUAACCUCAUUAGACAUCAAAGAAUCCAUACUGGGGAGAAACCUUACUCGUGUAAGGAUUGUUGGAAAGCUUUUAGUCAGAAAUCCAAUCUCGUUGAACAUGAGAGGGUCCACACUGGAGAGAAACCCUAUAAAUGUAAGGAAUGUGGGAAAGCCUUCAGCCAGAAGCAGAAUCUUAUUGAGCAUGAGAAAAUUCACACUGGGGAGAAGCCUUACGCGUGUAAUGAAUGUGGUAGAGCUUUCUCUAGAAUAUCAUCUGUCACUCUGCAUAUGAGAAGCCACACAGGGGAAAAGCCCUAUAAAUGUAAUAAAUGUGGAAAAGCUUUCUCUCAGUGCUCUGUAUUUAUCAUACAUAUGAGAAGCCAUUCAGGUGAGAAACCUUAUGUAUGCAGUGAGUGUGGAAAAGCCUUCUCACAGAGUUCUUCCCUUACGGUACACAUGCGAAAUCAUACUGCUGAGAAACCCUAUGAGUGUAAUGAGUGUGGGAAAGCCUUCAGCCGGAAAGAAAAUCUUAUUACCCAUCAGAAAAUACAUACUGGAGAGAAACCUUAUGAAUGUACUGAGUGUGGGAAAGCUUUUAUUCAGUUGUCAAACCUCAUCAGACAUCAGCGAACUCAUACUGGUGAGAAACCCUAUGUGUGUACAGUAUGUGCGAAAGCCUUUAGCCAGAAAUCAAAUCUUUCUGAGCAUGAGAAAAUUCAUACUGGAGAGAAACCUUAUCAUUGCAAUCAGUGUGGAAAAGCCUUUAGUCAGAGACAAAAUCUCCUUGAACAUGAAAAAAUCCAUACUGGAGAGAGACCAUUUAAAUGUAACGAGUGUGGGAAAGCCUUCCCUCGAGUCUCAUCACUUACUCUUCACGUGAGAAGUCACACAGGGGAGAAACCUUAUGAAUGCAGCAAAUGUGAGAAAGCCUUCUCUCAGUGCUCAUUACUAAUUAUACACAUGAGAAGUCACACUGGUGAGAAGCCCUUUGAAUGCAAUGAGUGCGGGAAGGCAUUUUCUCAAAGAGCAUCUCUCUCUAUACAUAAAAGAGGCCAUACUGGUGAGAAACGCUCCACAUGCUAAGUGAGGAGUGCCUCUAAUUUAUCUAUGCCUGAUUUACUUGAAAUAUCAAAUGGAGGUACCAAACCAAGAUCUCUGGAAAGGUUGGCACUGCAAGGAAAUGUGUAUAUAGAUAAAUGUACCAUCGUAAAUUUUUUAGUUCUGAAAGUCUGUAGACAAUACAGUUUCAAAUAAUCUCAUAUCAUUUUUCUGUAGUAUUUAUAAAAUUAUUCUAAAAUUCACAUGAACUACAAGUAAAAACUAGGCAUGUGGAUGCUUGCCUAUAGGACUGCCACAAGAUUUAGGCCAGCUUGGUCUACAUAGUGAGACUGUGUCUCAGUAAGUACAAAUAAAGUCUAAGGAUUGCCAAAAUAACUUUAGAAAAAGUAUAGUACAAACAUACUUAUUGUAAUCCCUACAAGUCUGGAGUUCAGGCAGAAGGAUGUAUAGUUUGAGGUCAGCCUGAGCUACGUAGGGAGACCCUCUCUUAGAGCAAGACAAAAAAUUAUACCUAAGUAUAUUCUAAGUAUCCAGUUAGUACUUAGAACUGCCUGUAAGGCAAAUUGAUAGCCACUUAAAAAUAUAUGCCACAGGAGCAUGCU